GAGCGUCUGGGCUGAAUGCAGUUUAGCAUCAAAAGUCCUCUUUCUGUCGAGAAGAUUGCGAAGUGUGUCAAGAUGAAGCAGGCACCGGAGACCCUCGGCAGCACGAACGGGAAGACCCAGAACUGUGAAGUGAAUCGUGAAUGUUCCGUGUUCCUCAGCAAAGCCCAGCUCUCGACCAGUCUACAGGAGGGGGUCAUGCAGAAGUUCAACGGCCACGACGCACUUCCCUUUAUCCCAUCUGAGAAGCUGAAGGACCUGACGUCCCGUGUAUUUAAUGGCGAGCCUGGUGCUCAUGAUGCCAGACUGCGCUUUGAGUCCCAGGAAGUGAAGGCGCUCGGGACGCCGCCCAGCACCACCCCCAUCAAAAACGGCUCUCCGGAGAUUAAGCUGAAGAUCACCAAAACGUACAUGAACGGGAAACCUCUCUUUGAAUCUUCGAUUUGCGGGGACGGCGCUGCUGCCGUGUCCCAGUCGGAAGAACACGGACAAAAACCGGAAAAUAAGGCCAGAAGGAACAGGAAGCGGAGCAUAAAGUACGACUCCUUGCUGGAGCACGGUCUUGUUGAAGCAGCGCUGGUGUCCAGGAUCUCGAGUCCCUCUGACAAAAAGGUUGCGGCUAAGAAAGAGUCCUGUCCAAAUACUGGCAGAGACAAAGACCACCUGUUGAAAUACAGUGUUGGCGACUUGGUGUGGUCCAAAGUGUCCGGUUACCCUUGGUGGCCGUGCAUGGUCUCCGCUGACCCACUCCUUCACAACUACACCAAACUUAAAGGUAUUGUGUUUAUGGACUGUUUCUCCGUCUUUCUCUUUUUGCACUUAAUCUUUCUAAUCUCCAAACUUUUUUCUUACCUUUCCUUAAACGGCCCUACUGUGGUGGUUCUUUUUUUGUUUUCCUAUUUUAAAAAAUUGUGCUAAAAUACACAUAACAUAAAAUUGACCACCUUAACCAUUUUUUAAGUGUGCAGUUGAGUGGUAUUGAACACGUUCACAGCAUUGUACGACCGUCUCCACCAUCCGUGCCAGAGCUCACUCACCUUACGGGUCUGGGCCUCUGUGCCCGUUAAACGCUAACCCCCAUUCCUGCCCCUCCUGGCCCCCGGCGCCCACCGUUCCGUUGUCUGUCUCCUUUUUGUGGUUUUGGUUUGCAGUGCCCUCAGGAUUAGUGAUGCUGAGCAUCUGUUCACAUGCUUAUUGGCCAUUUGUAUGUCCCUGCAGAAGUGUCUGUACUAGCCCUUUGCCCAUAUGUGAAUCAGAUUUUGGUUUUUUUGUUGCUGAAUUUACUGUGGUUCAUUUUUGCAACGUUAAUACUUGAUUUGGAUGUAACACAUUGCCAUUUCUUUUUAUAUCCAACUCAGACAUUUACCUCACCUGAUUGAAUUAGUAUUAUUAAUUGAGGAGUGGUCGUGGCUUUAUGCUGCUUUUCAGGUUUUAUGUUAAUUUAUUAUCGUUUUAGAUACAUAA